CAUUUUAAUCGAGUUAGACGUCUACAUCACGUGGUACUUCUAAGCAGUUUAGACCAAGAGAACACGGAUAAAUCGAAUACGGAGUUGAAUUUUCAGCAUGGACUUUCUAACAGAUCAAGAUGCGAAAAAGUACCAGGAGGACGGGUACCUGGUCCUGGACGGGCUCCUCAGCCCGGCCGAGUGUGAUGAGCUCCGGCUGAGGAUGGGAGAGAUCGUGGACGGGAUGGACGUUCCACAACAUUGUCGGAUCCAGUUCUCCACCAAUCACGACGAGCAGCUGAAAACACAGAUGCAGGGAAACGCUGACUACUUCAUCACCAGUGGAGAUAAGAUCCGCUUCUUCUUUGAGAAAGGAGUUUUUGAUGAUAAAGGAGAUUUCACUGUGCCAAAAGAACGCUCUCUCAACAAAAUUGGACAUGCACUCCAUGCCUAUGAGCCUUUAUACAAAACUGCCACUCAUUCACCCAAGAUUCAGGGAAUAGCCAAGAAGCUUGGUCUGAAGAGUCCUGUGAUUUUGCAAAGCAUGUACAUUUUCAAGCAACCAGGGAUCGGUGGAGAAGUGACGCCACACCAGGAUGCUACAUUCCUCCACACGGAGCCCCUGGGCAGGGUGAUGGGCGUGUGGAUCGCCCUGGAGGAUGCCACCCUGGACAAUGGCUGCUUGUGGUUCAUCCCCGGCUCACACAACAAUGGCAUCACCCGACGUAUGGUGCGGACCCCUGAAGGCACCUAUCCCCUGACAGACUUUGUUGGGAGAGAGGCAACCUAUGACGAUAAGCUGUUCAUACCUGCACCUGUCAAAAAAGGUGGGGUGGUUCUGAUCGAUGGAGAGGUUGUCCAUAAAAGUGAGCAGAACACGUCAAAAAAGUCACGCCACGUCUACACUUUCCACAUCAUGGAGUCUCAGAAGACACAAUGGAGCCCUGAGAACUGGUUACAGCCCACAGAGGAGCUCCCUUUCCCUGCCCUCUACACCAAGUAAUCCUGGUUCCCUCCACCUGCCACUACACUGAAUGGAUGGACAGAGGCAGACACCUUCACUUGUCCUAGAGAAGAUCUUCAGUCAGACAGGACUAACAACACAUUAUCAGUAUUCAACCAGCAGAAAUGAGAUACGAUACAAGACCCGUCUAUCAGUGAAAAAUGAUCACACAUUAACAUACUAUACUUAUGUCACCCAAUACAAGAGGUCUACAAGACAGGAGACACUGAGUGAAACACAGUCAUUGUGCGAAGGGAUGAUUUUAUGUAGCAAUGGACCAAAAUGUGAUGUUGAAAAUGUGCUUUUACAUAGUGCCUUCGGAAAGUAUUCAGACACAUUGACUUUUUCCACAUUUUGUUACGUUACGGCCUUAUUCAAAUAUU